CGUUUAUCGGCUAGCGAUGUCUUUCUAUACGUCCCAUGCUGGUCUAGCGAAGCAUGGACGCGCAAGAUUUGUUUCGAAAACUCGGCGCUGGGGCAAAGUUUGACUUCAAGAAAUUUGGUAAAGAUGCCGAAAGAUUUAAAGUUAUUAGGUCCCAGAAGAAGGAUGGAAGCGGUGCAGACGUAUUGGCAGGGAUAGACUUCUUUGGUACAGGGAAGAGGGAUGAGUCUGGCUGUGAUGAAGAUUUCCGGCAGUGCCAAAAGGAAAGCGGGGAAGAGGUAGAUGACGACGGCUCUGGGGUGGAGACAGACCAGCCACUCCGUCCCACCAAAAGGAAGCGGGGUUUGGAGGCUGCUUCAGUGAAGAUAUGCAAGAAGAAGAAGAAGAAGAAGAAAAACAUCAAAAGCAGGAAGCAAGAUUGCCUUGCUGUUGGUGUCCAGCAGGGGGACACAGAAAUCGAAGGUAUUCAGUGGACUUCCUCCAUUGACCGGAAGGUCCGCGGUCCUGGGGGCCCCAGCAGGGACAAGAGUGCACCCUCUUUGAAGAAGCUGAAGCACCUGCACCAGGAGAAGGUGAACCGCAUCAGGCACCAGAACCGGAUCCACGUACGUGGCACGGACCUCCCCGAUCCAAUGGCCUCCUUCGAGGAGCUCCAAGAAGAGUACAAACUGGAUCCGCGGAUUAUCCAGAACCUUCAGGCUGCAGGGUUUCAGAACCCCACACCCAUCCAGAUGCAGGCUAUUCCACUCAUGCUACAUAGACGCGAGAUCCUGGCCUGUGCUCCCACAGGCUCAGGUAAGACCGUGGCUUUCUGUCUGCCGAUUCUUGCUCACCUCCGUCAGCCCGCCAACCGGGGUUUCCGUGCCCUCAUCAUCUCACCAACCCGCGAGCUUGCCAGUCAGACCCAUCGUGAGCUUCUCAAACUGUCAGAGGGCCUGGGAUUCAGGGUGCACAUCAUAGACAAAGGGGGCGACGCAAUUAAGAAGUAUGGACCAAAAUCAGCUAAGAAGUUUGAUGUUCUGGUGACCACUCCCAACCGGCUGAUAUUCCUUCUCAAGCAGGACCCACCUACCAUGGACCUGAGCAGUGUGGAGUGGCUGGUGGUGGACGAGUCUGACAAGCUUUUUGAAGAUGGGAGGAGCGGCUUCCGGGAGCAGCUGGCCACGAUCUUUCUGGCCUGCUCCUCCCCCCAUGUCCGCCGUGCUCUCUUCAGUGCCACCUUCACCAUGGAGGUAGAGGAGUGGUGCCGCCUGAACCUGGACAACCUGGUGUCCGUCAACGUUGGGCCAAGGAACUCUGCGGUCGACACUGUAGACCAGGAACUGCUGUUUGUGGGCACGGAGAACGGGAAGCUGUUGGCCAUGAGGGACUUGAUCAAGAAGGGCUUUCUGCCACCUGUGUUGGUGUUCGUUCAGUCCAUCGAGCGUGCCCGAGAGCUCUUCCACGAGCUGGUGUAUGAGGGCAUCAACGUUGACGUCAUCCAUGCGGAACGCACGCAGCAGCAAAGAGACAACGUCGUGACAAGCUUCCGUGCCGGGAAGAUCUGGGUUCUGAUCUGUACGGCACUGCUAGCUCGCGGAAUUGACUUCAAAGGAGUCAACCUUGUCAUCAACUAUGACUUCCCCACCAGCGCUGUAGAGUACAUCCAUCGGAUAGGUAGGACGGGACGUGCGGGACACAAGGGGAAGGCCAUUACUUUUUUCACAGAGGACGACAAGCCUCUCCUUCGUAGCAUCGCCAAUGUCAUCAAGCAGGCGGGAUGUCCUGUUCCAGACUACAUGAUUGGAUUCAAAAAGAUGCACAGCAAGCUGAAGCGGCAGCUGCAGAAGAGGCCGCCAAGGAGGACCACCAUCCGAACGAUGCCGCGUUUCCUGAGGACGAAAGGCGGGGCCAGCCGGAAGAGGCGUAAGAAGGGGAAAGCUUCGAGGGGAGAUGGUGAACAGGCCACCAGCUGACAGAGCAGGGACAGAUUAUUGUAGAUUAGUACUGUGUGCAAAUCUUUUGCUUUGUCCUUGCAGUUGUGCAAAGUCAGUGUGUUGAUUUUGGGUUCUUCUGCUCAUGUAAUAAAUGUUUUUGAUGAAAUGG